UGGUUUAGGCAGCUGUGUCUCUUUCGCAGGUGGUGGGGACACUACUGGUCCUGACAGACAGAGAGAGAGAGAGAGAGAGAGAGAGAACCUGCAGAUUAGAAAUUAUCUUCACCGUCUCCAAGCCUCUCCGCCAAAAUGAGCAUGCAACUGCUUGAUAACAUCAGUAGGAAGCCUGGCCUGCAGAUAUGGUCCAUCGAGAAAAUGCAAAUGGUUCCGCUUCCUGAAAAGGCUUAUGGGAGCUUCUUUGAAGGCGAUUGCUACAUCAUUUUAUUUAUCAAGAAAUCGAACAGUGGCAUGUCCAGUGAUCUCCACUACUGGAUAGGAAAGGACAGCACUCAGGAUGAACAAGGAGCUGCUGCAGUCUACGCAACCCAGCUGGACGAUGCUUUAGGGGGGAGCCCAAUACAACAUAGAGAGGUGCAGGGGAAUGAAUCAGCCACCUUUAAAAGUUACUUCAAGAAUGGAGUAAUCUACAAGAAAGGAGGAGUCGCCUCAGGAUUUAAACAUGUGGAGACAAACAUGUACAACAUACGUCGUUUACUUCAUGUAAAGGGGAAAAAACAUGUCUCAGCCACUGAGGUGGAUUUGUCCUGGAAUAGUUUUAACAAAGGAGAUGUUUUCCUAUUGGACCUUGGUAAAGUGAUCAUCCAAUGGAAUGGGCCAGAAAGCAACCGGUCAGAGAGAAUAAGGGCCUGCUCCUUGGCUCAGAGCAUAAGAGAUGAUGAGAGGGGCGGACGAGCACAGAUUGGGAUUAUAGACAAUGAACAAGAUUCCCCUGAGUUGAUGCAGGUGAUGACAGCCGUGCUGGGGGCAAGGACCGGGGAGCUAAAGGAUGCGAUUCCAGAUGAGAAGGCAGAUGAGCAGCAAAAAUCCAACGUCAGACUUUACCAUGUUUUUGAAAAAGAUGGAGACUUGGUCGUACAAGAAACCGCAACAAAACCUCUAACCCAGGAUCUCCUCCAGCACCAGGAUUGCCACAUUCUAGAUCAAGGAGGAGUAAAGAUCUUCGUCUGGAGAGGGAAAGAUUCUAGCCCGGCGGAGAAGAAAGCGGCUUUCAGUAGAGCAGUGGGUUUCAUACAGGCCAAGGGAUACCCAGCUACCACAAACAUUGAGGUAAUGAAUGAUGGGGCUGAGUCAACCAUGUUUAAACAGCUUUUCCAGAACUGGAGAGAUUUCGGAGAGACACAAGGACUUGGGAAGUCAUACAAUGUGGGGAAGAUUGCAAAAGUGGAUCAAGUAAAAUUUGACAUUAACCAGCUAUAUGCCAGACCAGACUUAGCGGCAGAACAGAGGAUGGUGGAUGAUGCCUCUGGGAAAGUGGAGAUUUGGAGAAUUGAAAACCCUGAUCUAAAAGAGGUUGAUCCAAAAACCUAUGGAAGAUUCUAUGGAGGCGAUUGCUAUUUGGUGCUGUAUACAUACAUAAAGUCAGGGAAACCGAAUUACCUGCUUUACAUGUGGUUGGGUCGCCACGCCACUGUAGAUGAGAUCACGGCGUGUGCCUUUCAUGCAGUAGAACUGGACCGCAAGUAUCAGGACCAACCAGUCCAAAUACGGGUGACUAUGGGAAAGGAGCCAAAACAUUUCCAGGCUAUCUUUAAAGGAAAACUUAUUAUAUAUGAGGGAGGAACAAGUAGAUCUGGGAGCACUGAGCCAGCACCUCCAAUCAGACUCUUCCAGGUCCGAGGAACCGAUGAAUACAACACAAAGGCCACCGAGGUCCCAGCCAGAGCCGCUUCCCUCAAUUCCAAUGACGUCUUUGUGCUGAAGACCAAUGCUAUGUGCUACUUGUGGUGCGGAAAGGGCUGCAGUGGAGAUGAACGGGAAAUGGCUAAGACAGUGGCAAAUAUCAUCUCCAAACAAGACAAGCAGACCAUUCUUGAAGGUCAAGAACCUGCAGAAUUCUGGGUGGCUCUAGGCGGAAAGGCCCCUUACUCCAGCGAUAAGAGAUUCCAAGAACCUGUUGCGCAGUAUAAGCCCCGCCUCUAUGAGUGUUCCAAUCAGACGGGCCGGUUCAUCAUGACGGAAGUGGUAGACUUCGACCAGAGUGACCUUGAUGAGGAUGAUGUUAUGUUACUUGACACCUGGGAAGAGCUUUUCCUUUGGAUCGGUAAGUCAGCCAAUGACUAUGAGAAAACGGAAUCCAUUACCUCUGCCAAGGAAUAUCUGAGAUCUCAUCCAGCUGGGCGCGACUUGGCAACGCCAAUAAUUACAGUGAAGCAAGGACAUGAGCCCCCGACAUUCACUGGCUGGUUCAAUGCCUGGGACUCUCAUAAAUGGAGUUCGGACUUGUCCUAUGAAGACAUGAAGAAGAACUUGGGUGAUGUCUCCACCAUCUCACAGAUGAGUGUGGACUUGCACAACACCAAUAUAAAUGCAAACAGCACAAACAAGUUGAGUGCCCCAACAAAGACAGAUCGCAACGACCUCAACCCUUCAGUAUAUCAACCUCACAGCAAUGGGAACCUGUCAUACAGCAAUGGUAAUAAUGGAACAACAAAUGGCAGUCAGCCGCAGAGCCAGAGCAAGCCAAUAGUAGAGCCAUUACCACAGGGCAACGAAAAGCUCAUUUUCGAUAAGAGCCUUCUUCUUAACAAAAAUGCAGAAGACUUACCUGAUGGAGUAGACCCCUCUAGGAAAGAGAUGUACUUGUCUGAUGAAGAUUUUGCCAAAAUAUUGGGGAUGCCCAAAGCUCAAUUCUACCAGUUGCCCAAAUGGAAGCAGCAAAAUAUGAAAAAGCAAUAUUACCUGUUUUGAAUAUACACUUUUCCUAUUAUUUCUUUUAUUUGUUAUUCAUGGAAAACCAAUACUGUACUUUUUUUUUCAUUUCGGAGGAACUAUCAAACGCAAUCUCCCUGUCUGAGUGUCUCGUGGAUACAUAAAUAUAUAUACGACCCUGCAGAUUUGUGUGUCCAUGUAUUCUCUCCUCAGAUUCCAUGCUCACUGUGCACACCCAAGUUGUUACCCCAUAAUAGUGACUACUAAUCUCAUUUAUGUUGAAUAUUGAAUAUUUGUUUCACAAACCCUUGUUCCUGUGUGACGUAUAAGCCUGCCUAUGUGUUUUAUUGCUUCUACCCCUGUCAUACCUCUGUAUGUCAGUGCCUGUCUGUAUAUACAGUAUGUAUGGAUGUAUGUAUGUAUGUAUGUAUGUAUGCAUGUGUGUAUGCAUGACAGCAUAUAUGUGUGUGCCCCUAUAUAUGUGUGUCCUUGCACCUCAGUAUGUGUGUAUCUCAGUGUGCACCUGUUUAUAGGCGUGCCUAUGUAUGUGUAGGCUUGGGCUUAUGCGUGUCUGUGCCUAUGUGCAUGCAUGUCUCUGUGUGUGUGUGUACAUACUGUAACAUCAUUUAUGUAUAAGGCAUCUCACACUCCACAGCUCCGGAGAGUCAGUAUAACAAAUCAAACCCAGAACAAGAACUGUACAUAUGAGGCUGCAACAUGAGACCAAGGGCUGAGGGGCCCUGAAAGUAAGAGCUUACACUCUAGAGCUGUGUGUGCCAGGGUUUGUGUGUUUCUGCGACUGUGUGUGCCUAUGUAUGUACGUACAUAUAGAUACAGGAAGCUAUCAGAACUGGAGAUAGAUGUUAUAUGAGGCACUUGUAUUAUAGGAUUAAUAUUCCUUUCAUAGAGAUUCCGAAAAAAUGGAAUAUUGGGAGAAGUGAGAAAUCCUGAUCUGCAAUAACAUAUUAUCCAUCACUCAGCCCAACACUUUACAUAUUAACUAAUAGAAGGUGUAUCUCUAUCUACAAUCACAUCUUCUAUCAGAUCUUCCAGUGCUAGGACCAAUAUAUCCUUAUGCCUCCUCUGUGUACGGUAGAAUGUCGGUGGUAAUAAUGCAUCUGCAAGGUCAGGUCAUUGUAGUUAUGUCGCCAUACUGUGCCCAUGUUAUUCCUCAUGAUAGAGCUGUUAUUACUGUUAGAGGAUAUUAGGAAUGUUACUUUGUAGAAUUGCUUCCAUACCAUGUAUAGUUGUUUUACAUCUAACUUUGCAGAGGACACUAAGGGUAACAAUAUUAUAUGAAGAAUGUGCCAUGAUGUAAUUUUUAAAUGACCUUUUAUAUUUACGCUUUUGGUUCAUCCUGAAGUGCGGUCUAAUAAAUCCAUUGAAAAAUC